AUGGCACUCGAUCUUUUUAACGAGCUAUUUAACGACUUGGACGAUGUAGAAGUGGUAGAUGAGGAUGAUGUGUCUCCGUCAACGGAUUCAGACGAGAAUUCUACGCCUUCAUCAACAGAUUUGGAUCUUCUUCUUUCAUCUUCGACAAAGUAUAAAGAUAACAGUGAGAAAGGUACCCUUUCUUCUCAAUUACCACUACGACUAACAUCGACAUACGCUCGUCAGCGUCCACAUUCUCUUGAACGCCAGGUUUCAUUAUCACCUCCUCCUUCGAGAUCAAGAACAAGUACUGCUCCGUUAACGGAUCUAGACAUACUUCUUUCAUUUGCGACAGAACAGACAAAGCAGACCCGUGUUUCUUCUUCAUCACCACCACGGACACCAAAACAUACUCGUCAUCUUUCACAUUCUCCUGUACGCCAUGUCUCAUCAUCGCCUGCUUCGACAUCAAGAACACAUGCUGCAUCUGCCGACUCUGGCAUAUUUGUUCGUACUUACAAUCUACCAUCACGUUCAGAUCUUGUUUCACUUCAGACGAUUACUAUUCUAGAGCAUCUCAAGGCUACAGUGUUUGUUAAUGGUGGUAAUAAUAAUUUAGUACAAAUAAAUACAAGGGUCAAUCCAUCUCCUCAAUUGAUAUUGCAUGGUUAUGUAGAUCAACAUCUUCAAAUGGAUGAGAUUGUGAAACGUUUCCAUCGACUAGUAAAGUUUGUUGUUGAACUGCAAACGGAAUAUAAGAAAGCAAUGCUAAAUAGCAUACAAGCUCUUGUUGAUCGUAUGAAUAAGGUUCGUGUUGAGGGUAAAAUGAAACGAAUUUGGAAUACCUUUAUCGCCUAUGUGAAAGAUUUGCUCAAGGAAGAAGCAGACAAAUUGUACACUCUUUACAAAGAUCACAUUGAAACGCUAUGCCGAUCGCUUGUUGUAACUGGAUGUAUCAAGAUGAACGUGUCCUAUGAGACUGAAUUGAAUGAUUUCAACGACUCCUUUACGAACAAACAUUCAAUUGAUAAUUCAUAUGAAGAUAUUAAGCAACAAGCCUUCAAGGUAUUCAAUGCCGACAUGAAGGGAAAAUGGAAGCCAGAAGACGUACCAGACGACAAGAUUGCGAGCAAAGUACUUGGUAAGCAGAGUUAUUAA